AUCCCAUGGCCGGGCUGAUGAGUUCUUCUGUUACUUCCGGAGGCUUGGCACCUCACACCUCUAAGGUUUCUCCUCGCCGCCUCGGGAAUCCAGCGAUCUCCUCCGCUUCGUGCCAUCACCGCCGAGGCCUUAUCGGCUUGACGAUGAAUUCUUCAGGCAUGAACAAUGCCUUCCCGUUCAAAGGAACGACUACACGAAUUGCAGCAGUUGGACCUGGCCCAGCAAAUCCGUCAGGAGGAAAUCUCCCAAUACCCAACAUGCCUCCAUGGGCCAAGUGGGUGGUUGGUGCUGUCAUAGUUGCGAUACCAAUUUACAGAAGGUUCAGAACAGUGGAAGAUAAGAUAGAGAAGACGGUGGAGGCGGUCGAGGUGGUCGACACGGUGGCGGAGGCGACGGAGAAGGUCGCCGGCGAGGUCGCGGACGCGUUCCCCGGCAACGAAAACCUCAAGGAGGCGGCCUCGAGGAUUAAGAGGGUCACGGAUGCGAUCGAGGAAGAUGCCGAGAAAGCCGAGGCCCUGAUCCACAAGGUUGAUGAGAUAAAGAAAGAGGUGGACUCAAUAGUCGGUCCUAUAAUCGACAAGGUCGUCAAGGAGGAGGAGGCGGAGAGAAAUAAAUAAGUCGGCAUGAAAAUAAAGAAGCGCACACACUUUUCCUUGUUUAUUUUGCUUCUUUCGUUUCAAAAAAGAAGCAAAUAUAUACACAUACACUAGUUUGGCGGUAACCAGAAGAACGCUAGGGAGGCAAAAUGACGCGCCCCCACAUGUCAUCGCCCGUCCACUUACCUCAUUCGGGUUUCUACUUUUCUAGCCAUGUGCUUGUACAGUCGCUGACUCUAUCUACGAACCACAAGAAGGCAAAGUUUGGCCACCACUUUAUGAACUUUCUCGACAAGUA